CGAUCGCUGAUCGCUGAUUUGCGGUAUAAAAGCAAAUUGCGUGCAUCUCCGAGCAGUCAGUUAUGCGAGAGAAAAUAGCCGGUUAAUGCGUAAAAAUGAUUUCGAUUAGAUUUUUUAUACUUUAUUCAAUAGUCCUAGUGUACAUUAGUGAUCCAGUUCUGUCGGAGCGGCCAUGCAAGUCGUCGCAUGACGUAUGUGUUCCGGUAAAGUUUUGCCCACCUAUUUAUGAGAAGAUCAUCGCGAGCGACAGACAGUGGAAUCACACGUCGAAGAAAGAGAUCUUGUCUCGGGCAUGUCAUGAUGAAGGCGAACAUCCGCGAGUAUGUUGCAAACCUGCCGAUAUUGCCGUUGGUAAACGUUGCGUUCAUUCGCUAGGGCUCUACGGGCAUUGCGUAGCUUCAGAACGUUGUGGAUCGAUUGCAUCAAAAUCAGAGGAUUUGCAGGAGAAUCUUUGCUAUCAAGAGGGCAGCAAGAAAUAUGUCUGCUGUCCGGACGAAUCAAUUGUGGAUAGUCUGCCCAAAAGACGACCAACGAGAGCCAAAAGUGAUCAUGUAUUGAAUGAGAAUGAUUUUUCCGAUUGUGAGGAUACGACCGGCAAAUCCGGACUAUGCGUUCCGGUGCGACACUGUGACCGAAUUUACAGUGCCUUUCUAGACGGACGUAUAUACAAGGAUACACAGUUGGCCGAAUUCGUUCGCCGUAACAGUUGUCCAUCGGAUGCUCGGCACAGUACUGCGAUUUGCUGCGCGACUACUUCGUCCCGGUCGGGGCUGGACUUCAUUCGACACAAGAACGCCGUCAAGCUUGGGGUCGAUGAAUGCGGUGCUGUACGAUUUGUGGAUAAAAUUCUGAAAGGCGGAGAGACUGCUCCUGGCCAAUAUCCUUGGAUGGCUAACCUUCUGUACAAGAGAAAGAAUACGAUGAAGACACUAUGUAGUGGCACUCUGAUUCAUCCGAGGUAUGUCCUCACAGCGGCACACUGCAUGAGAGGUAAAACUUUACCAGAGGCAGUCCAAUUGGGAUUGCACGAUAUAUCCGUUAUUGAAAAAUGCACUGAAAAGUUAUGUGCCGGACAGGGUCAGAGGCACGCCAUCGAAAAACUUAUUCCAAACGAGAAUUUCCUUGGUAACAGUGCAGAGUACGAUAUCGGUUUGAUUCGGUUGGCAACGAAAGCAACUCUUGCUUUCGAUCAAGUAUAUCCCAUUUGUCUUCCAAUUACCAAAACUUUGCUUAUGCUGAAACCUCAUAAGCUUACCGUGCUAGGCUGGGGACUGACGGAGCAUCAGAAACAAUCAAAUGUACUACUGGAAGCGGAACUGGAACCCUUAAAACGAACGAAACUAUGUUCCGAGGAGGCAACGUUUUGCGCCCGGGGCAAAUCCCAGCAGGUACAUUGCGCUGGUGACUCGGGUGGACCACACCAGGCUCUGGUCCCGACGGACAGCAACUAUCGGUACGUUCAGUUUGGGCUGAUUUCCGGCGGAGGACGCCAUUGUAGCGUGGAAAGCCGAGACCCUGGAGUUGGAGUCAUGAUUGGUUAUCAUGUGAAUUGGAUACUGGAUAACCUCGUGAUUUAGAAUCGAAACGAGUGUGAGCAGUAAAUCUAAUCGAAUGUGCCAUUAUGUGGGUUGGAAAAUGAGGGGCUUGUAUGCUCCCAUUACCCGCAGUUUGAUCGCGACAGACUGACCGGUAGUGAUCCUAUGUUCGUCGAACGAUCGACCUCUAGAACGUUCGUUCAUUCUGAGAUUGCACUAACGAAACACUAAGCCCAGUACGACUACUUUGGUAUAUCGAUUGGACAUAAACUAUAUUCUAUAGUUGUUAUAUAUAUACGACCGAUGACAUUUAAUAAACUUCCGAACGAUUUUACCAGCACAGCUGGUUCUUUGUUA